AUGACUAGCUUUCCCAGGUCCUGGUCCUUCCACAACUAUCCAACGCCUCCGAGAUCCCCACCGAAUGGCUUAUCUGAAGAUGGGUACUUCGAGUCGUCAAUAACCGUCAUAGCCUCUUCUCGAGCUAUCAGGUCAGGUCGGCUUUCCCCCGCCACAUUGAUCAUAUCCAACGCCACGGGCAAGAUCAUUGCGACAUAUGAUUCGAUCGUUCCUGCGUCCGACUUCCCUCCCCAUACCCCAUAUACAGAUUAUUCUCCACAUAUACUGCUCCCCGGAUUGGUCGACGCCCACGUGCAUCUGAAUGAGCCUGGGAGGACAGAAUGGGAAGGCUUCUACACGGGGACCCAAGCAGCGGCUUUUGGCGGCGUCACGACGGUGGUGGACAUGCCGUUGAAUGCGAUUCCUCCUACAACCACGGUAGCCAACUUACAGGAGAAGAUCAAGGCGGCGCAAGGACAAUGCUGGGUCGACGUGGGCUUCUAUGGAGGCAUUAUUCCCGGUAACGAGGCCGAGCUUAAGGCACUCGUGAGGGAAGGUGUCAGAGGGUUCAAGGGAUUCCUCAUUGAUAGUGGUGUGGAGGAGUUCCCCGCGGUCUCGUCGACAGAUAUCCAGAAGGUCUUUGCCGAACUGGCCGACGAGCCAACCACGGUCAUGUUCCAUGCCGAAAUGAUUCCGCCUAUUGCAGACUCGGUGGGAGACGACGUCCAGGUUUCGUUACCCCCAAUGCAGCCUCACGGGCCUUUAAACGCCUACAGCACAUUCCUGGAGUCGCGGCCACCCUCGUUCGAAACUUACGCUAUCGAGGAGAUUUUGUCCUUAGCACACCUAGCUCCUAACCUUGCUUUGCACAUCGUGCACUUGUCGGCAAUGGAAGCCAUACCACUGCUGAGGAAAGCACGAGCUCAAGGCAUCAAUAUCACGGCGGAGACCUGCCCCCAUUACUUAUCCUUGGCAGCCGAGCAAGUAGCGCUCGGCGACACGCGGCAUAAGUGCUGCCCGCCUAUCCGAAGCCAGUCAAACCAGGAUAGACUCUGGGAAGAGUUAAGACAGUUUGCCGAAGAAGGCGUCAUCAAGACGGUGGUGUCAGAUCACUCUCCUUGCACGCCGGACCUCAAGAUUCUCCCUUCGCAUAUACCCGGGCAUAUUAGUCAACCCAAGGAUACGGCGAAGUCGCUACAAUUAGAAGCCGACCGAGGCGACUUCUUCUCCGCGUGGGGCGGCAUCUCAUCCGUCGGUAUGGGUCUACCCAUCUUGUGGACCGAAAUGUCUCGCCGCGGGUUGGCGGAUACGGAUUCAGCCAUCACUGACGUCGUGAAAUGGUGCUGCACCAAUACAGCCGUGCAAGUCGGUCUCGAGAAACAGAAAGGAGACCUGGCUGUGGGAUUCGACGCCGAUAUCUGUGUCUUUGACGACACGAAGGAAUGGGUCGUUCAACCUUCAACUAUGCUCUUCCGGAACAAGUGUUCCCCGUACCAGGGAAAGACAAUGAAGGGGCAGGUCAAAGAGACGUGGCUGCGAGGACGACAGGUAUUUGUGCGAGACGGGAAGAACGGCGGAUUUGUCGGGAAAGAGUGUCAGGGAAUGUUGCUAUUGGAACCGAGGUUGAAAGAGUUGAAGAAGGUCAAGAGUUGGUUCCAACGUUGGGUAUAUGAUUUUGAGAAAGCGUGA